AAUUGUCUUACCACAUCACAAUAACCUCACAUUUCAUACUUUCAAAGACACAUACUACAUUAUUAAUUUAAUCGAUACAAUGGCAACAAUCGGAGAAACUCAACCCGCGAAACACCAAGAAGUUGGCCACAAGAGUCUCCUUCAAAGCGACGCGCUUUACCAAUACAUUCUUGAAACCAGCGUUUACCCGAGAGAGCCCGAAUCCAUGAAAGAGCUACGCGAGGUCACUGCUAAACACCCUUGGAAUCUCAUGACCACAUCCGCGGACGAAGGACAGUUUUUGAACAUGCUUCUUAAGCUCAUAAACGCUAAGAACACGAUGGAGAUCGGUGUAUACACCGGUUAUUCCCUUCUUUCUACCGCUCUUGCUCUCCCAGAAGAUGGCAAGAUAUUGGCUUUAGACAUAAACCGUGAAAAUUACGAAAUUGGUCUUCCGAUUAUUGAGAAAGCUGGCGUAGCUCACAAGAUCGACUUCAGAGAGGGCCCUGCUCUGCCCCUUCUUGACCAAAUGGUGGACGAUGUCAAGUUCCAUGGAUCAUUUGAUUUUAUUUUUGUGGAUGCUGACAAAGACAACUACCUUAACUACCACAAGAGAUUAAUUGACCUUGUCAAAAUCGGGGGAGUCAUUGGUUACGAUAACACCCUUUGGAACGGGUCGUUGGUCGCCCCUGCUGAUGCACCCCUCAGGAAGUAUGUCAGGUAUUACCGAGAUUUCGUGUUAGAGCUUAACAAAGCGUUGGCUGUUGAUCCAAGAGUCGAGAUUUGUCAGCUUCCAGUCGGUGAUGGAAUUACCUUGUGCCGUCGUAUAAGCUAAUAAUGGUUAUAAGAUUAUUAACACAACAAUUCUUUGAUGUUCCAUAGGGUACGUCUAAAGUUGUUUAGCAAUCAUUUGUUUAAUGUUCUUUCUACAAAGUUUUAUUUGAAUUGAAUCUCAUUGUAUUUCUGUAA